CUAAACCCUCUCCCGCCCUCAGCCGGUCAGCCCCAUCCCAAUCGCGGCGGCGAUCUGGUGGCGACGUCAUCCUGCUCUCUCAUUCUCGUCGCCCUUCAUUUCUCAUCUCAAAUCUCCGAGUAGGAGGGGGGAUUUGAGGUGAAAGUUGGCUUGUGAUUAAUUAUAUACAAAUAUACAAUGCGGAUGUUUUCUUCAAGCUGCAUGUUUUCAAAGGAGCAGGAGAAAAAUGGAGAGAAAAGCCGUACUCUCUUGUACCUUAAUGUCUAUGAUCUCACACCUGUAAACAACUACUUGUAUUGGUUUGGGAUUGGCGUGUUUCAUUCUGGUAUUGAAGUUCAUGGUCUAGAGUAUGGGUUCGGAGCUCAUGAAUUCCCGACCAGUGGGGUAUUCGAGGUGGAGCCACGAAGCUGCUCAGGAUUUGUUUUCAGGCGGUCUGUACUGCUUGGAAGUACAGACAUGUCUCGCUCACAAGUCCGAUCUUUUAUGGAACGCCUAUCUAAUAAGUACCGCGGGGACUCUUAUAAUUUAAUUGUAAAAAAUUGCAAUCAUUUUUCAAAUGAAGUCUGUCUGCAUCUCACUGGCAAGCCGAUUCCUGGAUGGGUUAACCGUCUGGCUCGUGUAGGAUCGUUCUGCAAUUGUCUGUUACCCGAAAAUAUUCAGGCUGCGACAGUCAGGCAUGUCCCUGAUCAUCAAACGUCUUCAGAAGAUAGUUCAGAUUCUGGUGCAUCAUGUUUGACAGAGGACAGCGAUGAUGACGACAUUAGUCAACAGUUGUUGACUGCCCGGAAUAGCGAUGUGGUGUUUUUGAAUGAAAUGCCGGUAAGACUAGCAAAGGAUCUUCUUUGAUACUCUCUCACUUUUGACCCCUCUUUCAUUUUCUUCCACUCCAUUAAAAAAAACCCUAAACC